CUAGCAUCUUUUCAUUUUCACUUUUGAACAUUAAUUUUAUUUCAAAAAUCGUACCUAGUGCGGAGUAUGAAAUAAUGCUGCAAUUUUUAUGAAAGUUUUUACAAUUCAAUGUACCUUUUCAUAAACAUGAAAUUAUAUAAGCUUCAUUAAAUAAAAUAUAUGUAUACAUACUAAUAAUCAAGUACAUAUAUAUACGUUGACAUGGAUUCGGAAAACCUUGACAAGUCAAAAUGAGAUGUAAUAAUGAUCAAAGAUCAAGUUGAUAAGUUGUGAGUUCCAAUUUGCUUGGGCCCCGGGGCAGGCUUUACUUGCAUGGACUCGCUAUAAAUAGGGCGCCAACUUCAUGCCUUCUCAUCUAUUACUUACUUAGCUAGGAUCAGAGCUAGCUAACUCUAAUCCAUCACUUAAUCCGUAGUUAUUGUUUUAAUUAACGGAUUAAACAUAUAUAUACUUGAGGAUGAAGAUGGGAUUCUUGUUGCCUUGCAUGUUUUGCUUCAUGUUUGUGUUGGGAGUUGUUGAAGUCCAAGGUUCCCACAUUGUCUUGCAAAACCUUGAAGCUCUUCAGCCAGCUUUUCCCAACCAAACUUAUAGGACCUCUUUUCAUUUUCAGCCUCCUAAGAACUGGAUGAACGAUCCAAAUGGUAAGUUGUUUAUUAGAAUCAUAUGCAUUAUGAUUAAUACUUUUUUGUAAUUUGAGGAUCUUUCCUGCGAAAAACACAUUUUCCCUCAAAAAUAUAACGGAAAAGAUGACACCAAUGACGGAUGCAUGCCGAAAAUUAAAGUACUUUUUAGUGAAAAAGUUCUUCAAUUGCAAAGAUGUAGUAGUUACUGAACCAAAUUUGAAAGUGAGAAAAGUUACAGUAAGACUAAUAACGGUCAUAACCAACUUACAUGACAAAAUUGUAAAUCCCCCAAAUUUCUAUAUUUUUAUUUAUAAAUUGGUGAUGUUAAUUUAACAUUGGUGUUGAUCGCUAUAGGGCCUAUGGUUUACAAAGGUGUAUACCAUUUAUUCUAUCAAUACAACCCAAAAGGUGCAGACUUUGGCAAAAUAUCAUGGGGACACUCCACUUCAAAAGACCUAGUAAAUUGGAGAGCUCAUAUCCCUGCAAUAUCUCCAUCUCAACCGGCUGACAUCAACGGUGCAUGGUCCGGCUCGGCUACCAUCCUCCCCGGAGGUAAGCCUGCCUUGCUAUACACCGGACACGAUUCAAGACACCGCCAGGUCCAAAACAUGGCGGUGCCCAAAAACCCAUCUGACCCAUAUCUCCAAGAAUGGGUCAAAUCUCCCAGAAACCCAUUGAUCGCGCCAACGCGCUUCAACAAGAUCAAUGCGACGUCGUUUAGGGACCCCACCACCGCAUGGCAAGGCAGUGAUGGCAAUUGGAGAAUCCUCAUUGGCAGUAAAGUGGACCGGCGCGGGUUAGCAAUCAUGUACAUGAGUAAGGAUUUUGUUCAUUGGGUGCAGGCCAAACACCCCCUUCAUUCAGCUGAAGGAACAGGGAUGUGGGAGUGUCCAGACUUUUACCCCGUUUCGACUAGCCCAACGGGCUUGGACACGUCAUCAUUAGGUUUGGGGAUCAAACAUGUGUUGAAGGUGAGCCUUGAUGACACAAGGCACGAAUACUACACCAUCGGGACAUACGAUCAUGCACGGGAUAGGUAUAUCCCGGACAAGGGAUCUGUGGAGAGUGAUUUUGGGUUGAGAUAUGACUAUGGUAAGUUUUACGCCUCAAAGUCUUUCUAUGACAACCUAAAGGGCAGGAGAAUCCUUUGGGGUUGGAUAAAUGAAUCCUUGCCAAGCACCGAAUAUGUUAAACAAGGAUGGUCAGGGGUUCAGGGAAUUCCAAGAAGUGUUUGGCUAGACAAAACUAGAAAACAACUGGUUCAGUGGCCUGUUCAAGAAAUCGAAACAAUGCGCGGGAAUAGGGUUGAGAUGCAUAGUAUUUUGCUCAAGCAAGGGUCUUCUCAAACUGAAGUUUCUGGAAUCAAAGCCACACAAGCAGAUGUUGAAGUAACAUUUCGAGUAUCAGAUUUUAGAAAGGCAGAAAAGAUGGAGUCUGGAUGGACAAACCCUCAGGAUUUAUGUAGUCAGAAGGGAGCAUCAAUAAGAGGGGGAAUAGGCCCGUUUGGCUUAAAGGUUUUAGCUUCCAAGGAUGGCCAAGAAUACACUGCUGUGUUCUUUCGAGUUUUCAAAGGAAACAACAAUACUUUUGUCGUGCUUAUGUGCAGCGAUCAAAGCAGAUCUUCGCUAAAUAAAAACACUGACAAGACAAGCUAUGGUGCAUUUGUGGAUAUAAAUCCGGUGCAGCAAGAGUUAUCAAUCAGGGCAUUGAUUGACCAUUCGAUAGUGGAGAGCUUUGGUGCAAAAGGAAAGGUGUGCAUUACGUCAAGGGUUUAUCCCACAAAGGCUGUUGGUGACAAGGGACACUUGUUUGCAUUCAACAACGGUGUCCAGCCCAUUCAACUCACCAAACUCACUGCUUGGUCCAUGAAAAACCCAACCAUCAACUGAUGAUCCAUUAAUUAUUACCGUAGUAUAUCUUAUUUUAAUUCCUCCUAAGUAUCAACAACUCUUGUUUAAUUUUUAUUUAUGUGCGUGCCUUAAUUGUACCAUGUUAUUAUGUCAUGUUAAAUAAACUAUUACCCUCUACCUUUUUAUUCUAUUCCGUUUGAAGCCCUAUAUUUGUCGACGAAAAGAUCAAUAAUAAAGUAAUAAAACGGG